CAGCCGAAAAGACCUCCACGCAUCAGUCGUGCUGCAAAACCUACUAAUUCAUUUACAACAUAAUCAGUUACAGGACCAUAUCACUCUGUUAUGCGUUUGUGUGUAUGGUGCGCAAAUAUAAUUUAAGCUGCAUUGACAAUUAGCCUUUAAUUUAACAGUUGUCAUUGAGAUUUGUUUAUUUUAGCCAGUACGGGACUUAAUGUUAUACAGUUGCCAGUUUUUCGUGAUGGGUUUGACAAGAUGAUUGGCCAGCGACUUCUCAUGCAAACAACCUAACUUGAUCUCUCAGCAUCUAAGGGGCAGACGUUGGGUGGUAGACCCACGGCAGGAUGAGUGGGAUCCUGAAGAGGAAGUUUGAGGAGGUGGAGGUGGACAGCCCUUCCCCCUGCCUCUCUCUCCGGGGGUCCGAUGACGAGGUCUCUGCCGGCAGCGAUAGCGGGAACAGCAGCGACAGCGUCAACCCCGGACCCUCCACCCCCGUCGCCCCCGCUUCUAUCUUGAGGCGUGAAAAGCGCAUGCUGGUGCGCAAUGUGCACUUUGAGAGUGUGACGGUGUACUACUUCAGCCGGCGCCAGGGCUUCACCAGCGUGCCCACGCAGGGCGGCAGCACCCUGGGCAUGUCCACGCGCCACAGCUGGGUGCAGCGCUACACUCUGGGGGAGUUCGCCGUGGAGCAGGAGAGAAGCCACCGAGACAUGCUGCGAGACCACCUCAAAGAGGAGAAACUCAACUCCAUCAAACUCAAGCUGACCAAUAAUGGCACUGUUGAGUCGGACGAGGCCGAGUCGCUGACCCUGGACGAUAUCUCAGAGGACGACAUCGACCUGGACAACACGGAGGUGGACGAGUACUUCUUCCUGCAGCCGAUGACCACCAGGCGGCGCCGCGCUCUCCUCCGGGAGUCCGGGGUGCGACGCAUCGACGUGGAGGAGAAGCACGAGCUGCGGGCCAUCCGGGUGUCCCGGGAGGAGUGCGGCUGUGACUGCAGGGGGCUGUGCAACCCCGCGACCUGCGCUUGCAGCCUGGCCGGCAUCAAGUGCCAGGUAAAUGGAGCUGUGGUAGAUCGAAUGUCAUUCCCGUGCGGUUGCAGCAAGGAGGGCUGCAGUAACAGCACAGGCCGCAUCGAGUUCAACCCCAUCCGUGUUCGCACCCACUUCCUGCACACCAUCAUGAAGCUGGAGCUGGAAAAGAGCCGCGAGCAACAACAACAACCACAGGUCACCAAUGGCAAUGGUUACCAUGGAGAACUACCAGUCAACGUCCCUGUCCAGCGUGCUCUGCAGUACCCCCUGAUGUCUGACAACAUCCCAGUCCUGCAGGCUCCCAUCAUGCACCUGCCAAGCGCCAGCGACGCAGAGCAGCAUCUAGAAGAGGAAGUAGACGAAGAUGAGGAAGACGAUGAGGAGGAGUACGAGGAUGAAGACGAUGGUAGUAGUUUAUGUAGCGGCCUCUCUGACUGCAGCACCGACAGCCUGCACACUAGUGACUCUGAGGAGGAAGAAGAGGAGGAGGAGGAGGAAGAUGACUGUGAGUCUAUGGAGGAGGGGGUGAGUGGACCCCCAGUCUCUCACACAGAGGUGGUUCCUCUCUCCUCUGUGUUGGGUUACACUGAUGUCACACACACCAACACCAACCAUGCUAACCCCAACUCAUACUACCACAACCCUUCAUCAGGGUACUACCAGAUGGACAACUCAGUCAACUUGAACCCCACACCCAAAGCCCCUAGUGAAGCUUCCUCACUCCCCCUCUCACUCCCCAAUAGGCAGGGGGCCACAGAUGGCCCCACGGUCGUGUCACAGGAGCAGCCUAAAACCACCUCCGAGCCGCACACAGACCACCUCAGCCAGAUAGAGCGACUGUAUAUGCAUAUUCCCCACACUGACAAAGCACCAGCAGCCAACGCCUGUUCCUCAGCCCCGCAGCAGAGCAACACUCCCCACAGUGGGGAGACUAGUACACUACACCAUGAGCAGCCCUAUCAGACACAGGUUAGCGUUUUUCAUCAUGAAUCUUGUUCUAGAGGCAGCUCUGCGGAGUGGUCACUAGCUGGCACAGCCACAAAGUCAUAAAAUCAGAUGUUAAACCUAACCUUAACCCUAAACGUAACCACACUGCUGACCCUAAUGCCUAACCCUAACCUUAAGAUCAAAGCACAUUUUUGUUUUCAUAUAUUUUUACAAUAUAGCCAAUUUUGACUCCGCAGCUGGCCUAUCUAAAGGGAAAUCGCUCAGUUCUGCCUCCAGGACAAGACUUAUGACAAUAAAUGUAAAUCAGCCUUUCAGACAGACAUGAGCAGUAAUGAUAUUACACUGUCACUGAAGAAUAGCACACGGUCUGAGGUAUCUGUGGGGACUGAGGAGCAGCAAAGCCAGCGUUUUCUCAACGGGCUGGCUGAGGCGUCCUCUCUCCUGCCUGAGAAUAAAAGGGAUCCACCCAUUCUAGAGACUAACACUCGUCACUAGCAUAGUGUCAGGUAGACUUGUGGAGAGUUCAAUGAAACUGGUUAGUGUGAUAAGUGAAGUUAGCAUUCCUUUGCAGCAAGUAUGUACAUUUGGAUUAAUGUGCUGACCAACUUAAUUAAAGGGAUACUACAGGAUGUUGGCAAUGAAGCCCUUUAUCGACUUCCCCAGAUCCAGUUGAACUUGUAGAUACCAUUUUUAUGUCUCUGCAUGUAGUUUGAAAGAAGUUGCUAACUAGCGUUAGCGCAAUGACUGGAAGUCUAUGGUACCAGAUGCUAGCUGUGAUCAUAGACUUCCAGUCAUUGCACUAACACUAGUUAGCAAUUGGCUUGCAAAACUACCUCUAACUUCCUUUGUACUGGAUGAAGGAUGCAGGGACAUACAAAUGGUAUCCAUGAGUUCAUCCGACUGGGGAGGUAGAUAAUGGGCUUCAUUGCCAACAUCCUGAAGUAUCCCUUUACCAGUGAAACUACAUGAUGUCAAAAUCAAUUCAUUUUCUGUACAGGAAUAAUGCUGUUUUUGACCUAUCCUAGAAACCGGGUCGCCCGUUUGAUUGAAUAGAACCUGAAGGACGGUGUUUGUUGUUUUUAACUCCCGAUGAAUGUACCUUUUUAAAGUGAAUGAUUAGGUUGCAAAGGCAAGUUGUGGGGUUUUGCCUCAGAAGGAUCUUUGCACAUUAUUGCGCACACAGUUUCCAUGUCCUGGAUCUGAGUGUCUAACAGCUAUUGGACGAUGACUGUGAAAUAGUUAGAAUUAAACAAAAUGAUUCCUUAUUUCAACAAUAUAACCAUGUCGAAUGGGAAAAUGAAAAGAUCAUCUUAUUUGAGUUAAAUGAAUGAGCUAAGAUAGACGCUAGGGCUUGGACGAUAUCAGUAACGCCAUACUUGUUGGUAGCGUGGCAAUGAAACAAAACACGAAGCGGGUUUUCACUUCUUUGGGGAAAACAGCCCUAAUGUUAGAAAUAAACAUUAUGUUGUCACCCAGACUCACAUGUAUUUAUUUCCCAUGCUAUCGCACGCGCUAUUUACAUAUAGCAGGUUUUUAAAAGACCAAAGAGUUUUGUCUGCUUCGUGUAUAUAAAAAAAAAUUGCCAUGGAAAAAAUAUUGCAAUACUGGUAUAGUCACAGCCUUAGUAGAUUGAACUUUUAUAUGGGGUCAACUGGAAAAUGUAUAUAGCUGCAGUUUAUUUAUGGCUAUACAACGUUUACGUAAUGUUAUGUAUGUUUUGAUAAUGCGAGCAUGCUGUGGUUAGUAUUGAUGACAAAUCAACACGAUUUUGAGGUACUACAAUUAUUAUGUGUUGGUCUCGUGUUUAUUUGUGUUGUCUUAUUGAUGUUGAAUACUUUGCAUGUAUUUUGUUAAAAGGAAACACCCUGUUUAAAAAUGAAAGUUUUUUAAAUAUAUAUAUAUAUACAGUGAGAAUGUCAAAAUGAAACAAAUUAAGUAACAUUUAUACUUUACAUUAGAUUGGACAAUACUCCAAGAUACUGUAGUUAGAGCCACAGACUGAUAAUCAUCUCUAGUCGUACCAUUACAUUUAGGUCCAAUUUCAAAAGGACCAUGAAACUUGGAAGAUGUACGUCGUUUGAAAUCGAUUUUAAACGUCUUGCUGAAUUUCACGAGACAAGCUAUAUUUUCAGUGCUGCUAUUAUGAUUUGUUAUCAAGCUUUAUUGUCACAUGCACAGGAGACAGCAGGUGUAAAACAGUACAGGGAGAACCUUAAUUGGGGGCUCUUUCCCAAAAAACACGCAAUAGCGGUAGUAUUACAGAUAAGAAAUAAAACACAUGAAAUAGGACAGAAGAAGAAAAGAAAAGAAACAGGUGAAUGGAGUUAUAUAACGUUCUCAUAUACAGGUCAGUACAGUGCCAGUACUGUUAUUACUGUGUGCAGGGGAGGGAUUGAGGAAGGAAUGGACCUACUCCAUCACAGCAUGUUCUUUGUCUCCUCUCUCUUUUCUCUAUGUAUCCAGUCUCUUCAUCUAGCCCCUUUAUGGUUCUCCUCGCUCUCUCUCUCGCUCUCUCUGUCUUUCUUGCUCUCUCACGCUCUCUUUCUCUUGCUCUCAUGACCUCUCUCUUCUCUCUCCCAUCCUGUGACAUCAUAUCACGUCAGCCAAUGAGGUGGUGUGUAGCGUAAGGGUGCCAAAGCGUUCAUGUUCAGGUGAUCUAUAGUGAAGUAAGCUACCAGUCUGUACCAGUCUCUGCUAUUCUGCUGUAGAUAUGAUUUUGUAGUCUAUAUUGUGGUAAAUGUGAAACUGGGUAUUUUAUUGUGAUUAAUUCUCGCAGCAGUCUGUUGUGUCAUGAAGGCCUUGGAGUUCACAGAGCUCAUGUAUUUUUUAUUUUUUCCCAAAUGGCACCUUAUUCCCUAUAUAGUGCACUUCUUUUGAACAAGGAAGUAGUACCCUUAUAGGGUAUUUGGGACACAGACGUCCUGUUCUGUUUAGUUUUGUUCCAGAAUGUCUCUUUGUUUAUCAAGACUGCCUAGAACUGGGGGCCUAAAAUAGAUUUUCUCUGUUUGUCUCUUCUUUUUUACACCAACAUUUGUUCCUUUUUCCACAAACAUCAGACUUUGAGAAUAAAUAACCAAUG